AUGCGUAGAGUUACAGGACACAACGCUAUAACGGUUGGGAUAGUUAGUGUAAUUAGUGUAUACAUGGGUGUAAAUUUCUUUCAACCAAUAGUUGUUGAAAGGUUACGAAAGGAUGGUAAUCUAAGACAAGAUAUUGAGUUACCACACUUCAAUCCAGACGGAACUGUUAAAGUGAUGGACGAUUCCAUUAAAUCUAUACCAUUGAAACAAACGAAGGAUAAUACCAAUCAACACGAUAAAUAG